UCGGAAUUCGGUGACGACGCGCGUGUUUGCGGCAUCUUUGCAUCACCGUAGCCGAUAACUUGAAAUUAAAAAUAAAAGUUCAUAAGUGUUUCUAGUGAGGAUUAUUAAAUUAUUUUUAAAAAUUUGCAGAUUGGGAUACGAUUAUGCUCCUCGAUCUAUAAAUAACAAAUAAUAAACGCUCGAAUAUCAUGUUGUCGACAUGGGCGCCCGAAAUGGACUCCAACAUCACCUUGGCGGAAUUCUUCAACGACACCCUGGACCCUUUGCCAGGCAACGCCACGUCACCAAGAGUCAUGAGUGAAAAGCAGAUGUUCCUCAUAAUAGUGAAGGUGGCAUAUGCACUUGGUAUUGUGGGAAACGCGGCGGCAAUAAUUGCUCUAAGGAUAGGUGAGAGACGAGUCAGGAAUAGAAAACACCUGUUGCUCCUCACAUCGUUGGCAGCUAAUGACUUGGUUGCACUGGUGGGCAUGCUCAGCGCUCUGCUGGUAGCGGAGCAUUUUCCUGAUGUGGCUCGAACUCAGGGAUACUGUGCAGCGCGUGUGGUGCUCCGCGUAUUCGGCAUUGGUAGCGUCUGCAUCGCCGUCACCAUGGCCCUAGAGCGAUAUCUUGCCCUCACCAGGCCUUUUGUGUACCAGAAGCAAGUAACGUACUUCAUGAUACGUAUGACACUUCUGGUCUCUUGGGUUUGGGCAGCGCUAUUGACUUGCGCGCCAGUACUUGGCAUUGGUAUGUAUUACGACGCUGACCACCAGCGCUGUGUCAGAUACAGAAACGCGACUGAGGGCUUGGACUUUGGAUACGCUAUCUUCUACGUCAUGUUCGGCACAAUGCUGUGUAUAAUCCUGGUAUAUUGUAACCUGGCGGUUAUGCGAGCGCUGUACGCAAUUUCUACUCCACGGGAAGGUGGGCCGGUGGUUAGGCGAGUCUCCAAACGAAGCUGCCGUUCACGCUGUGAUGCCGCCCUACGUCAACAUAACGCAGCAACGGCUGAAGAAGUUGCCUUUAGCAGAUUGAUGGCCACGCUCUCUGUUUUUUUCAUGAUCUGUUGGCUGCCACAAAUGGUCACAUCAGCGUUGUACCUGUCUCUGGGUAAAACAUUUUGGCCACGCCUUGACAGCCUCGGACGGCUCUCAGACAUGUUAAUGUUGCUAAACUAUGUGCUGGAUCCCAUUCUUUACGUUCUCAUGAAGCAACGACGUCGCUGCUCGUUCACCAACCUCGGACGAAGUAUAGCACGCUGUUUUAAACGGAACCACAAGACAUCUACGGAAUCGAUGAAGACGUCUUGCUGCCCACAGGAGACAGUUGUAAUGAGUGACAGCUCCGGGGCGGAGAUGCGCCCACUGCGCGCCCCACCCUGUGCCACCAUCUUUAACGUGGAUGACUGACGACAAUCAUUGAAUAAGGAAACGCGUUCGCUAACCUUUGCUACUACUUAUGACAGGACCGAACCCAAAAGCUUCAGCUUGAGGAGUCGGUACUAACGUAGUAUAAAUUCGUCUAUGAAUAUCACCGACGAUAGACACUCUAUGAAAACAUUUUGUAGAAUUUGCUUUAAGAAAAAACGUGUAAUGAAAAGAAAACCAUUUCAAUUACAAAUAAACGCAAGAAAAUGUUUUAAUAGUCUGUGCGGAAAAAAUAAACCGGCGGAACGGUUAUGCGAAAUAGCGUUUGUACAGUAUAUACACUUUUUUAUUAAGUAUCUAGAUGAGUACUGUCGAACUGUAAUGACGUAACAUUUUUAUAAACAUAACGAAAAAUACAAUUAAGUACUGCUACGACUUCAAUUACUACGUUUGUUCUUUUCCGCACUAAAUCCACUAAGAUCUCAAAUAAAAACAAAUUUAAUAUUAUUUCGCAUUUUAGACUGUAGAUAGAAUUAAAGGGAUGUAAAUGUGUUUAUUUCUAGUCUCUAAGGUCAUUGUUGAUGAACAGAAAACUUUGCAAAGAAAAUAUACUUACAGAUUUGUUUAAUAUUCCCCUUGUAUGUAAAUUCUUUUGAAAAUGUAUAUGUAUUAGAUACAUGUAGGUAAGGUUAUUUGGGUUUUCCUAAAUAACCAAACUUAAAUAUAAUGCAACGAUAUACCUACUGUACUUUUAAAGUCUAUUCAAAAAUUGUAGAAAUCAAAUAAUCUUUUAGGUAUUACAUAUUGUAUGAUAUUAUUUUUGUAAUCUUUAUAGUGAAGUAAGUAAUAUGUUACCAUGAAGUAAAAAAUAUUGUUUACCUUCUGAGGUCCUAGUCUAUUAACUAGAUUAUAAGGCAAACUGUUAUUAUUUAAUAAUUGAUGUACAUGUAACUAUUUAGAAGAUACAUUAUUCUAGACUAUUUGCUAGACCACGGAGACAAUUUUAAAAUAUAAUAAAAUGAUAAACGCGAAAUUUUACUGAACAUAUUUAUGUAGAAAUAUAAGAUGUAGUAGGUUUCUUUUGAUGACAUACGUCUAAAUGUAGUACCAUAUUUUUUCCAUGGUUAUGAUGGUUUUUGUUUAAUUUCGAAUGAUGAGGAUAACCAUGGGUAUUAACCUCUUUUGUAUCGUACAAUAUUAUAAUAGGCGACCGAAUUUACAAAAUUGCACUUAUUAAUAUACGAAUACGAACCAAUAACGGUUUCGUAUUGAUUUUAGAAUAGAGGCUUUGUACAUUCGAUAAUUACCACAUUUUAAAUAUAAGCAAUUGUAGUAACAAAUAAAAUAGUGCCAUAUUAAAAUA